ACCAUCCUGCUGGGCUCUUUAAGAGGCGUGGUGACAGCCUUACGGUCCUGCUCUACGCUACGUAGCUAAUGAGCACACACACAUUUCCUGAAGUGGAGGUACUUGUCUGAACUUGAAGCCCGAGCCCUGAAAAUCAAAACUAAACGCUAGACAAGAAUAUUUGUAAUUAAUUUUCUCCGGCUCUAACGACAAAUAGCCACGGGGGAGGGGGGGACGAGCGGACGGCAGACUGUCAGAAGUGUGCGCUGACGCCUCAUCUCACGGUAACGGGAACGGAGUCGCUGAUUAUUAGCCGCCCAGUUUGAAAAUGGCCUCAGACGAGCUCGCGCAAAAGCUCGGCCGCCGGCUGCAGAUUGAGGAGGGAGACAAGGAGCCUGUUGCUGUGGACAUCGUCGGACACCAGGACGGUGCGGAGGAGAAGUCGGUUACGGCCAACGCAGACGCGGAGCUGGGGGCUUUGCUGACGCGGAGAGAGGAGCUGAACGAGGGGCAGGGGGAGCGCUGCCAGCCCAGCAUGAAGGUGUUCAACCCCUACACCGAGUUCAAGGAGUUCUCCAGACACCAGAUCAAAGACAUGGAGAAGCUCUUCAAAAAGCACGACACUGGGAAAGACAACUACAUUGACCUAAUGGAGCUGAAGCUGAUGAUGGAGAAGCUUGAUGCUCCACAGACGCACCUCAGCUUGAAGAACAUGAUCAAGGAGGUGGAUGAGGACCUUGACAACAAGCUCAGCUUCAGAGAGUUCCUACUCAUCUUCAGGAAGGCAGCAGCAGGGGAGCUGACAGAGGACAGUGGCCUCAGUGUCCUCGCUCGCCUCUCUGAAAUCGAUGUCUCUGAAGAGGGGGUCAAAGGAGCCAAGAACUUCUUUGAAGCCAAAGUCAAGGCCAUCAAUGACUCCAACCGCUUUGAGGCAGAGAUCCGCCAGGAGCAGGAGGUCAAGAAGAAGCAGGCUGAGGAACAGAAACAAAGACGCGCUGCUUUCAAAGACCUAAAGUCAGCCUUCCAGUGACGGCCUCUGUCUCCCUCUCAGGACCUGUCUGUCUUUCUCUGUGCUGCACUAAUGAUGUCGGUUUGUCUCUGUGUGUUUGAAUGCUCCAUGUCUGUCAGCCGGUGGUCGUCCCAAGUCAAACCCAGCUUCAGGGUCCCACACAUGCCUGUCACUAGUCUGUGAUGCAUUUCUUUGUGAUGAAAAAUUAACACUGCUUCUGCAGAUAACGGAUUCAUUUAGGUCUGUAGUUUAGUUCAGUAAAGCUUGUCUCCACCAAGUAGCCUGCUUCCUUUCAAUUCACUUAAUUAUACAUUAAAAGGCUUAUUUUGUCUGUAUCCACUGUCAGUAGAAGUAUUCCAUUCCCUAGUAGCACCCUGAUCCGAUACUAAAAGAUAAAACUAGGAACUCUGCAAACUAAGCAGCGCUGAUCAAAUAUAAACCAAGAUUCUGUAAGAGUUCCAUAUUUCUCUCCUCAAAUGUCUAUAUAAACCCAUUUUUGCUCACCAUCUUAACUGUAAUAUGAAGUCCGACCAGCUGCCAUUUCACACAGCAAGGUUCGCAUUACGUCACCCACCAGCAGGAGCAUUUAUUGGUGCAGUUAGGUGCAGUGCAUUCUGGUAGUUGUAGGUUUUCUACCUCUUGAGCAAACACAAAUGCCACAGUCCCUCCUCUGUUGUCUCUAAUCGUGUCGCACCAACUUUUAAAGUAUCUGUGUCUUUCUACUGCAGAGACAGCUUGGUUUUAUGAGAAGACCAUCUUUACAGGAGUGAAAUGCUUCUGUAACUAAUUCCAAAAAUUAAAUCAGCAGUGAUACCAGUCACAGUGUUCAGUGUUGAACAAAUAGCUGAGCUCUACAUUUUUUACUGUUAGCUCUGUAUUUUUGUACAGUGGGUUUGGGUGGGGAUUGAAUAUAUUCUUAUAUGGGAUUUUUUUUUUAAUGUGGGUCUUUAUUUUCUAGUUUCAGCCAGUAUUCCUACCCCAUCAGCUUUAUCAACAUUUGAUUUGCCUUCAACGCUGAGGUCUGGGGAUGUAGUGACUUUUUCAUUUGGACGUUACACCCACCACAGUACCAAUCAGAUCCUUGCUGAUGAAUAGAAACCAGCCAUGAGCACACAUAUCAACUCAUUUUUUGUGGUUCUUUUUUGUUCUUGUAUUUUAUUUGGGUGUUUAAGUGAAGACAGAGUAGAUUUAGCCUUAUAACUUAAAUUUAACAUUGAUUUCUGCUCUUUGAAACUUUUCUAUUUUAAUCUUAAAGAUCAUCUUGGUGGAUUGUGCUCAUGGAUCCAUGGUAGCAACAUUAAAGAGUAACUAAACCCCCUAACCAGGGGGGGGCAGAGAGGUGCUGUGGAUCAAGAGGCUGCAUGAUUGGGUGACUGGGUGUGUCUUAGCCCCUGUCCCAGCCCUGCCCAUUUUUGAGACUUUUUUUCACUUUCCAGGAAGUAGACACUCAAGCUAAAAAUGGGGGUUUACUUGCUUAAUUCAACUUUUACUAUGACACUGUUGAUUACACAGAUAAUGGACAUUUCAACAAAAAAAAUCAUAAAAGUAUGAGACCAGUGUACCUGCUGAUCACUAGCUGCCUUCAAAAAUCUGGUUCAAACAAACAAGUACAAAUUCCCAUAAAUGACAAACCAUCAUUUGUGUCAACUGAUUGUAAUGGAGCACAAACAGCCUGAUCACAGGUUGUAGAGACUUUGCUCCUUUAAUGUUCCUGCAAGGCAGGUGCUUUUUAAAAGGGAGCAAACAGCCUUACAUUUUCCACAAUCAUUCCAUCUCUGAUGUCAAAUCAUAAAUGCUUCCCGACAUUAAAUACUCAGACAGGUUGAUGUCAGGAUUACUUGUUCAAUGUGGUUUGCUAGUUUCAUCCAUUUUCUGUAAUGGAGGGAACAACAGAUGGGCCCAGUUACUGACAGGCCAUUAGGGCAUGCAGUAGGUCAGACUGAUGAUGCAUUUUCUGAAUGCCUUGCAGUAACGUCACUGAAUGUUUUCAACAGUGGAAACACUAUCCAGAUGAAUUAGUGUUGGUUUGGGACUUUACCUAAAUUAGCUACUUGUUAGCUGUAUAAUGGUCUCUUCCUCAUAUGCUUCCAUGCAUGGAUUAUUUCCCAUCAACAGUGGAGCACCAGUGGAAAAACUACAUACUGUAUGUGUAAGAAUUGGCAACUACUAACUCUGAAUAUGUAUUGACAUAGAGUGGUGUUGUAUAGUUUACUAAAUCCUGUUGUCCAAAUGAGUGAUUCCAAACAGCUUUAGUUAUACAAAUGUGACCUGAUGUGAUAUUUAGAAGCACUAAGCCAUCCAUUGUCAUCUUGCGGGUCAUCUUGUUCAUCAGAAAAAUAUUCUUUUGAAUGAUGUAAUAGUUUACUCAACUCUUAAAGCCUUUAAACAAACCAGCAAAAUAUUGCACAUGUGUAUGACCUUUGGGAUCAUCACUUUAAAUCAUCUAAAUCUGAGAUCUUUAAUUUGGUUGUCAUGGCACAGAGCAGUUUAAAUUUGUUUUAGGGCAGAUUUGUUGUCCAUGGAUGUUUGCUUUUGAACAAUGUUGUAAAUGUAUGAGGCGGUAACUUUUGGUACGUGCUUUGUAAAAUAAUUUGGGUUGAUAUUUUUACAAUGCUUUCUUUUGAUGCAUGCCAGUAUUCCAUAGCACAUUGUCACUCAAAUGCUCUAACUGAAUGAUUGAACGAAUAUUUCAUCACAGCAUGAAAAAUACUUUUGUACUUUUUUUUUGAGGAUAAAGGGUUUCUUUGAAAUUUCCAGCCCGUUCUCAUUCUAAAGUCGUCAAAUAGCUUCACUUUUACAGUGCUUUUUGACGUCAAGUGAGAACGCAGCUGGACAGAACCAGUCGCAGUGUCAUUAUAUGCCGCUGGUGUCAGGUUGAAAGGCUGCCUGUAAUAAUGUAAUUACAGGAGUGCAAGGGUACCUAUAGAGCAGGCUGGUCCAAAAAUAAAAGCAAUUUAAUGUGGAAGUCUGGUGUUUGCUUCCCAACCGAAAUAGAUGUUUAUUAGAUGUUUAUUUUCUACAUUUUGCCAUGUGCCUCCUUCCCUUAAUCCUAAUCUGUGACAGCAUGUGUGUUAAUUGAUGUCCAGACGGCGUCAUCCCAUAAUGUGCUUUUGAUGACAUCACGGUAGCAGCAUCUUGGAACGUAAACAGCAGACACAGAAGGAUAGCUAGAACUUAAUAUGUUGAUGCAGAAGUUCACAGCAGAGUGGCAACAUGUGACGAACUGGUGUGAGAACAUGUUUGAAAUGUCUUCAUGGCUAAUUGAAGAUUGUGUUUUGUCAGAUAUAUCAUGUUUGUCCUGAUGUGUAUACAGUAAGGCCCAGCGUUCCCACUUCACAUACAUCUGUCCUCACACACACUGUUGUUACAUACUAUAACAAAACACUGGUAGCUGUAAUAUUUGGAUUUAUUAUGUUGUUGUUUUUUUUUUACUGAACUGAUUGAUCUCCCCAACUACUGAUUUUUGUUAACUGAUUUUCUAAAUAAUCAAAAUAAACACCAUUACUUUUAUUGUUGAAAAA